AUGGCAGCUAAGACCGCGAAGUUCCUUAGAAGCCAGUGUAAAGUCAGCUUUCAUCGCGCAAGCCGCAAGACUUACGUUGCAAACCGCGUUAGAUACAUCCGUCGCGUGCUCGACGAGUUGAGAGCGGACAACAUCGACACCGGAUUUUACUACCUGAACACGGACAACAACCCGGCGGACUGUGCCACCCGUGGACUAACAGCCACAGAGCUCCAAGACCACUUAUGGUGGACAGGCCCAAGCUUCUUCACGACCCCCUCUUCGCAGUGGCCCUGGAAGAGUCUCGAACCAUCAGUCAGUUCGCUACCAGGUGCAGAAGCAGAAGAGCUUAAGGCGGUCACAACUUCGACAAAUAUCGUCUCCGAACCUUAUGUAUCCUUCGUGCCUUUUACGCGCACCAACUCGUACACUAAGCUGGUCCGCGUUACAGCAUACGUCCUUAAGUUUUUGGCUAGAGUGCGUCAUCGAGUCGAGACGCGCUGCCAUCGCGAACUUCAGGACGUGCAAUCAAUUUUAGGCACGAUGGACAUAACACCCGUAGUAACACCAGACGACUUUACGACGGCUGAAUCGUUGCUCAUACGUGAGCACUACAGAGAAGGCCAGCAAGAGUUGAACAGUUCAUAUAUGAAGAAGUUUCGCACGACGUGCGACAACGACGGCAUUAUCAGGGAAGAUCUAGACCACUUUUGGCAGCUUUGGCAGAGUGACUAUCUUGAUGCCUUAGCGCAGAGACAGAUCAUACGCUCGAACGGACGCGCUCGAUCAACUUGGCCACUAGCACUCAUCCUGGAACUUCACACAUCAUCCGAUGGCAACGUAAGAUCAGCCAAGAUCCGGACAGCCAAAAAGAAGAUACUAGAACGUUCAAUCAACCAUCUGGUACCUCUGGAGAUAGUGGUAGAUGACGAUACCAUCCCUGAGAGAGAUCACGAGCACUUUGCAGUAAAGGAUACCCCCUCUGCAACAUCUAAGGAUGUCAACUCGUGCUCACUUGUCAGUACCACUGUCAAUAAAGUUAACCAGCUGUCAUCUAUCGGACUAUCGAGACCCCGAGCAAGGACCUUCUACGAGGGAACAAUACAACUGCGCCGUACGUACUUGUACCGUGUCGCCAUCAUGAAGCAUUCGUCAUCUUCGUUGCUGUCGCGCACGGCAAGCUCUAGCGCACAACUGCGUAGUCCCUCGCCACUUGCGUCUACCUCUAGCGCAGACACUGCAGCAUCCUCUAGCGAAUCAGUUGCGCAGUUGAUCAUCUUCGAAGCGCGACGUCUACUAGCGCAUUGCGAAGACAGUUUGGAGCUGAGAAAGAUCCUGGACGACAUUUGCAAGAAGCAGCGCGAUUUGCAAUCCCGCGUAUCCAGCGAUCCUAACUUAAGACCCUUGCAGCCCAACCCAGCGCCGGACGCGCAUGCGCACGCCAUCCCUGCUUUGCAAGAUGUCGUUGAAGUAUUGCCACACACGGUAGAGGAACUUAUCGCUGCGCAGCUACGUAGAGUUUUCGCGUUUAUCACUACGUCUGGUUGCACGCAGCUAGAGCCGCAAGCCGCAGAUACUACGCUCCUAACACCUGAGCAACAGCGCCACAUCGCGCGUAUCGUUUUCCAUAUGCGUAAGCUUGCAGCUGUGUUGGAUUGCGCUAAUAAAAUCUUCCUCAAUACACAGACCUUGCUGCUGCGCACGGACAAAGCUAGUAUAUCAUACGCGAGGUACAUGGCGUACAUUCAUGUAAUUCAGCACAUUAUCACAGGCAUCACGGUAGACCGCGACAUCAUUAGUGAGGCUUUACUAUCGCACUUUUUCACGCGCUUGCAAUCGUUUCUUGACGCGCUAGUUGGUUACCAGAUUAGCGAAAGCGUAAUCAUGGAAAAGCUUAUGGCCGCGUCAGCCGCAGUUGCGCAUGCUACCCGUCUUACGCGCACGCUUGAGUAUCAUCAGAUGGACUUCGUCAUGACGCAUCUACGGCAGAAAGCACUUAGAUGGUGGCAGGAAAACUACGAGGAAGCACUCCAUGGUCCGCUUACCGAAGAUUAUCUGGAAAUUGCGCACAGUGAAGAUCCAUUCGCGCAACGACAAAAGGAACGAUUUGUACGAGUAGAGUUUGAUAGUGAUCAGCCUCAAGUGGCUACAAUACCAGCCGCGUCUAACAUCAGCGCGUUUUCGCCAGGAAUUCAGCCAAUGCAGACAGAAGAGACCAUCCAAGGCACCCAAGCACCUCAGUCUCCAACACCUUCGCCAUCUGAGAGUCACUCGAGUCCAGUAAUUAUACCAUUGACGUGUAUGUCAACGCCAGUCACAGAGCUUGAGAGGAACCAGUCCAUUCCACCAGUCCUUUCGCCUCAGGUUACGCGCGGGAGGGCGGACUAG